AUGGCACGCACGCUCGGCGCCAAGGCUAUUCCGGCCAGCACUCGUGUUGCGGUGGUGGCCUUCCUUGCUACACGAUGCAAAGAGGGCCACCUUCGUUACUGCACGGUGUCGCUAGCAGUGAAGGUCUUCCGCAUAAGACGGGCAGCCAUCAAGCAGAUCUGGGCCCUCCGAAAUGACCCAUCAUUCCUCGUACUUCCGCGCAAGGCGUAUCCGCGACGGCCUACUCGUCUGAAUGCAUUAUUGUCAAUGAGGGAGGCAACCAUUUUAAGUUCCCUCGAGUGCGUAAGGUUCUGCACAAUAAGUGUGUUUUACCAGCUUCUCUUUCGACGACAAGUUCGAUUGUAG